AUGCUUUCAAACCCGCUCAUUCUGUCGACCGCGGCAUCAGCCUUAUUCCUGCUGUUGCUGCCGUUCCGUCUAUCGAAGCUUCGCAAAGAAACGAUCAAGGUCAUCCCGGAACAACAUGGCCAUGGCAAAGUUACUCUCGCAAUAAUCUUGGUUGUGGCCCAGUCGGUCAUACUCGCCACAACAGCGCUCUCGACAUCUCGACUUGGGAUUGAUCUAGCUUCUGCCAUUGUGUCCUUGAUAGCAUACGUGGGCCUCUGCCCACUGCUCAAGCUGGAGCACACCAGGUCCGUCAGACCGUCGGAUCUCGCCGUUGUCUAUUUACUUGUAUCCUCGGGGUGCGAGUUGGUUGAUUUGGGAACUGGAGUCUUUGACAAUGAGUCCGCCAUAAUCGUCGCUCCGGCCCUUGCGAGUCUUUUUGUCAAGGGCGUGCUUCUUGUUGUUGAAAUUCGAGGAAAACACGCAAUUCUACAAGGUCUUCGUGACCAGUGGUCUCCAGAGGAAUUGUCUAGUAUUUUGGAUCGAACCGUCUUCGGAUGGAUCAAUCCGCUUCUUGUCCGGGGGAACAAAUAUAUUCUGACCGGAGACUGCCUUCCGACGAUGGACAGCAAGCUAUCGUCGCAACUUCGACGCCAACGAGCUCUGGAAGCUUGGGAUCAGAGAGAUAAACCCGAGAAGAAGUUGACGCUACCCAGGGUUCUGUUGCUUAGUAUGCUUCCGCAAUUUCUUGCGCCCAUCGUUCCUCGAUUGGUUCUCGUCGGGUUCCGCUACGCUCAGCCGGUCCUCAUCGGUACUGCCAUUCGCUCUAUUAAUAAAUCAUCCGAGGAAUCUUCAGAUGGCGGGUACUCGGUUGUGCCGAUGGCCGUCGUCGUCUAUGUGGGCUUGGCUAUCUCAAGAGCCGCAUACCAGCACCGUCUCAACCGUCUUAAGGUUAUGAUUCGGGGCGCCGUUGUUGGUCUGCUGAACAACAAGUCGCUCAAUAAACAGUCUGCUGGCUACGACGAUGCAAGAGCGGUGACUUUGAUGAGCACAGACGCAGACAACGUGGUUCAGUCCGCUUCCAUGUUCCACGAGACUUGGGCGCAGAUCAUUGAGGUCGCCUUAGGCACUGUGAUGUUGGCCCGGCGAGUCGGAUGGGUUUGCGCGGUUCCGUUCGUCAUGAUCUUUUUCUGCUCUCGGGUGAGCCGAUAUUUGGCAAAGAACCUCCAGAGUAAGCACAAGGACUGGUCUGUGGCUACCCAUAACCGAAUUGCCAUGACCACUUCAAUGCUUGGCUCGGUCAAGAGUUUGAAGAUGCUUGGGAUUGUAGCCUAUACGGAAUCUCUGAUCCUGUCUUUACGCUUGCGAGAGCUAGAUAUGGCCAAGAAGGUCCGGUGGAUGAUGGUUGCUUAUAAUGCGAGUGCAAACGCUCUCGGUAUCUUCGCCCCAAUUCUCACGCUCGUUCUCUACGUGAUCGUGGCGAGACUCAAUGGUUCCGCACUCGAUGUCGAGACUGCGUUCACGACUACGGCGCUACUCGGCUUGGUGACGCACCCUGCGAAUAUGAUUAUGACUAUUGUACCGCAAGCCGUAGGGUCGCUGGCGGCCUUUGAAAGGAUUCAGCAAUACCUCGCUGAGCCGCCCCGAGAUGACCAGAGACUUCUGUUCGACAAAGCAGAAAACAGUCUCGUCGAUAUUUCACCCGCCGUAUCUUUGAAAGACGUCACUAUCCAAGGGCUCACCCCGUCGAAACCUCCGGUCCUGAGCAAUCUCAACUUCGUCAUCGACAAGGGAUCGAUAGUCAUGUGCUCUGGUCCAGUUGGGAGCGGCAAAACGACGCUUGUUAGGGCUCUUUUGGGUGAGGUUCCCACAGCUUUUGGGACAGUAUCUGUGUCGACGAAGCGGAUCGGAUACUGCGAGCAGUCGCCUUGGCUACAGAGUGGCACCCUUAGCCAAGCAGUCCGUGGUUUCCUUCCGGAGGAGACAAGCUGGUAUCAGGAGGUGAUUCAACUAUGCUGUCUCGAUGAAGAUCUCUUGGCACUUCCCAAUGGGGACAAUACCAUGAUAGGAAGCCGGGGCUUGAAUCUUUCUGGAGGACAACGACAACGAGUGGCUCUUGCUCGAGCUAUAUAUGCCCGCAGUGAGAUUGUGAUCCUGGACGAUAGCUUCAGCGCACUUGAUGGCAAAACAGAAAGUCGUGUUGUGGAAAGUCUGUUUGGUUCUGCAGGCCAUUUCAAGAAGACCGGCACAACUGUCUUCCUUGUUACUCAUUCUACUGCGCAUUUCCAUUUAGCAGACCAGCUCGUUGUCCUCGGCGGCGGAGCCAUUGCGUACCAAGGGACGUGGGAUGGCCUGAAGCAAAACUCCAAGUACGCGUCACUGAAAGUCGACAUUGACGAGACGAAGAACGAUACCGUCGUGGAGCAGCCUCAAGUGGACAAGACCGUGCAGAACCAAAAGCUGAAGAUGGCCGAGGCUGCUUCCGACCUCAGCAGGGCAACAGGAGACUUCUCUCUCUAUGGCUACUAUUUCCGGGCUAUAGGCCUUCGGCACAUCCUCAUUCUGCUCACUUGCUCCUCGACAUAUUCAUUCUUCGUAACGUUCCCUCAGUACUGGCUGCAAAAGUGGACAGAGGCGCCAGUAUCCCAGACGACAUUCUACAUUGGCGGGUACCUCAUAUCGUCCCUACUGGCAUGGAUUGCUACCAGCGCAUUGAUGUGGACCGCCCAGAUCCUGAUUGCACCCGCUUCGGGCAUCGAGCUGCACCGCCGCCUGCUCUCAACCAUCAUCGGCGCCCCACUGUCGUAUUUCUCAAAAACAGACACUGGAGUCACGUUGAAUCGCUUCGGUCAGGACAUUCAGCUAGUAGAUAGGCAGUUACCGCCGGCCAUCAUGUCCAUGUCAGUCCAGGUAUUCAAGUUGCUCGUGCAGGUAGUAUUGCUACUCAGCGCACAGAAAAUGCUGGCCCUGACGCUGCCCCUCUGCGCUGCGGUCGUGUACCUCGUACAACGGGUGUAUCUACGCACCUCGCGACAAUUGCGCCUGUUGGAUCUCGAGUCGCAGUCGGCGGUCUACUCAAGCUUCCUCGAAUCAGUUGAGGGCGUCAUGACCAUCCGAGCCUUUGGCUGGGAGAAACAAGCCGAGCACGCCAACGUGGUCUGUCUUGACAAGUCGCAGAAGCCGGCUUAUAUCCUCUUCUGUCUCCAGCAGUGGCUGGGCAUCGUUUUGGAUCUCAUGGUUGCCGCGAUUGCCACCGGCCUCAUCACGAUCGCAGUCUAUGUCAGGGGAACGACGACGGCCGGUCAGAUUGGUAUGGCGUUGAAUAUCGUAUUGGUUGCGAACGCGACGUUUCUGAGCCUUGUGACAUCUUGGACGAAUAUGGAGAUUUCCCUGGGUGCCAUAUCUCGCUUGAAGACCUUGGAGGCUGAUACGCCGAAAGAGGAUCAGCCGCAUGAGGACUUUACGGAGGCAUGGCCGUCAUCUGGAGCUGUCGAAUUCGACAAGGUCACUGUCUCAUACAACUCCGACUCAGUAGCUUUGCAAGACAUCACCAUGAAAGUGUCUCCCGGCCAGCAGUUGAUCGUGUGUGGUCGAACGGGCAGUGGCAAAAGCACCAUGCUACUUACACUCCUACGUCUUCUUGACACGGUUGCAGGAAGCAUCAAGGUCGACGGGGUCGACCUACGUCUCGUGCCACGUUCUCUGAUUCGACAAAAGUGCUUCAUCACGGUUUCUCAAGACUCAUUCAUCCUUGGACAUGCCAGUCUCCGCUUCAAUCUCGAUCCCUCGACUUCUCUCCCGGAUGAAACUAUUAUCCCGGCCCUUGAGAGAUUCGGCCUUCUAUCACACUUUCACCUAAGAGACACACCAUCUGAGGAGGAAACCCGCAACACCCUGGAUAGCCCACUAUCCUCCCUACCGCAAAUUUCCACUGGCCAAUCGCAACUAUUCGCACUAGCUAGAGCCCUCGUUCAACUCCAAUCCAUCAACCACUCGUUCAACCCAUCGGCAAACGGAACCGAACGUCAAGAUGUUAUGCCAAUAUUGCUUCUGGAUGAAGCCACUUCGUCGCUCGACACCGAGACCGAGUCUGCCAUACGCGACAUCAUACACCAAGAGUUCACGGAGAAGGGACACACCGUUAUAGCAAUCACGCAUAGGCUGGGCGGCGUGACGGAGGGCAUGCGGCCGGGACGGGAUGCCGUAGUCUUGUUGUCCAAGGGCAAGAUUGAGAAGCUUGGCCAGGCGGGGGAUGUGUUGGACUUGGCAACUCUGCGGGAGUAG